AUGCCAAGUAUAGACAAACUAAUAUCGCCAGAUAAAUCUAAUGCUACAGCAGUAGAAAUGAUGAAAGGUGUCUUCAAUCCAUCUGUUACUCAACUGUCUAAUUGGCUUAAAGCUAUUAAUAAACAUUAUAGCGAUAGAUUAAAAAAAAGACAAGUUGGAAUAUUAGAAAAAGUCGAUAGAAGGUUGCAUGCCAAUACUUAUAUUGCUGAGAUGUAUGAUAAAAGUGUUCAAGAAUUCAACAAGAACAAAGUCAUUUAUUCUACAAUAAAAUGA